AUGUCAGUCGAUACAAUUGCUGAAGAUGAAGUUAAUCGUGCUACUGCCAAUCUUCAAAUUUCAAGUGCUAUCAUUGUUGCAAACCGUUGUCAAGAUCCAGUUAAAAAGAAGAUCGUAAGAGACGGUAUUUUAUUAAAUAAAAAUUUUAAAUGGUCGGUGUUCUAUCAAGAUCAAAAUCGAGGUCUCUAUAGCACUAUCGGAAUGGUUCAUCUUGAGGGUGUAUUUGGUAGUCGUAUUCGCUGCCACCAUAGAAUUUAUCAAGUUUAG